AUGUCUCAAAGUGGUUCGGGUGCAGUAGUUGAUGACAUGGAGAGGGGUAAGGGCAGAGCGCCCGAUGUCAUUGCUGAGCUAGAGAAGCACUUCUCCCCUGACCCCCUUCGAGAGCAAGAAAAGACAAGCGCCCAUGGGAAGAAGGAGACGUCUGCAAAGAAAAAAGCUCCCCUGGCGGCGGAAGAGGUACCUACCCAAAAUGAACCGGUGACGGCAGGGACGGGGUUGAUUACGAAGACUUAG